UAAUCUACUUCUUGUUAAAUUUUACCUUUGGUGGGAAUACAAACUCGCUCCCUUGAAGUCGCUCGGCGGUGUGAUGUUGUUUCGAGUUCUUGUGUGCUUGGUUUUGAUUUCUAGAAGCUUGUCGGUGGAUUUUAUAAGGUUUGAAAAACUUAAUGCAGCUUCUGGGGAAUCACUAAUCUUUCUAACAGAUGAUAAACCCACAGCUAUUUUAGACGCUUCAGCUACGCAACAGAGAACUGUGUAUUUUGCUCAAAGAAGUCCUGUUAUGGAGUUAAAAUUGACGUUCUCUUGUCUAGUCAACAAUCAGAGAAAUCCACUUCAGAAAAUAUCACUUUGCUGCCGAGGUAGUAUGGAAGAUCCUAAACGUUCUUGUGUACCGUUAUCAAAAGUUGAAGGCACAUUUUCAUGCCUCAAUACAGAUUUCCAAUUCAGUGUAGACGAGAGAAAAGGGGCGAAUUUUUCUACUAGUAUAUCUCGAGAAACGCAUAUGUCCAACCCAAUCAGUGGAUUUUUUUCUUGUGUCAUUGCUGCUGAUGAAUUCAACAUUAUUGAGUCUAAUGAAAUAGAGAUACGUGACGCUGUUUUCUAUAUACGCCAGUUAAAGGACACAGCAUCUCGAAAAAUUGAUGUGGUUGCACCUAUACCGUUAUCAUCCUUUCCACAUGAAUUUAGGUGCUCAGAUGACACCAAUGUUGUAUCAAAAUGGCCAUACUGGAUGCACCAACUUGAUGGAAGAUAUGGACCAUACAGAUGGAAACACUGUUCUGCAGCAGGGAACCCAAAUGCUGUCACAUGUGCAGAAAAGACUGCUGCAUUCCCUCCUGAUACUAUUGUCACAUUCGUAAAUGGCAGUGUCUACCUUACAGACCCUAACUUUAUCGACAAGAAGCCUGUCGCAAUUGUAUGCACUCAUUUAUAUCAGGUAGGGCCUAUCAAAACUUUUGCUGGUAAAGUUGGUGGUUCUGAAUUCCCUGUGAUUGCUGGUGGUCUUUCAAUAGAUCAUAACGUUAUGGAGCCCAGUGAUAGUAAAUUGUAUCCUCUGACAGCAUUAUCAUCUGAAUAUGUUAUAUCCAAAGGCAGCAAACUGGAAGAAUUUGUCCUGAAAGCUUUAUAUCGUCAACCCCAAGGUGAUUAUGAGUUUCACUGGUUUAAAGAUGAACAGCUAUUGCCUAAAAAAGCAGCAACAAAAUACAGUUAUCAGCUUCCAAAUCUUGUAGAUGAAUCACUGUCUGGGAUGUACUCGCUUGUUGUGAAAUCUAACACUGAUGUUUCUGAUAGAUUAGUUUUCACUUAUGAUGUAAAAGUGGUUUCGCCUCCUGUCUUCAAAGAUCCAAAAUGUUUGAAAGAGUUAUUUUAUGUAAUGGAAAACAAUAACUUUGGUACUGUUUGUGAAUUUGAUGACACGUUAGAUACAGCAGUAUACGUCGGUGUAGCUUCCUUAGAAUCGACUUCAUCACAUGAGCUUCGUCGUUCGAUUGAGGAUAACUUCAAAUAUUCUAGACAACAACUUUCUCAGUUGGACAUAGAUUUCCAUUUGGAUGGAGAAAGCACAAAUAGAAGAGUUACUAUCAAUAUCACAAGCUUAAAACUGGGACAAGAUUGUGAACUAUCUGUUCGUUUAUCGUCUAAAUACGGACACGCACGUAUUUCAACCUCAAUUAAAGUAGUUCCUAAACCUCAACUUACAAUAUCACCGUCUAACGAAAAUUGUAUCAAAGAAUGUGAUGAAAAGCCAUACAAUAUAUCAUGUGGUCUAAAUGAAAAUGUUGUACAAGAAUGGAAGUCAAGAUUUAAUAUAGAACCAUCUGUUGACUGGAUUAUUCAAAAUCAAUGGACACUGACACAUUUAGAAACAAGUGGUUUAGGGCAAUUCAUCACUGUAAUUGAUGGACAUGAUUCAACACUAACCGUAUGGCCAGAGGGUAAACCAAAUUCUGUUGUUACUAUGGUUCAAAACAAAGAAGUUGUCAUUGACGAAGCAGUAGAAGUAAAAACAGGAGAACAAGAAGCAGAAGGAGAAGAACAAGGAGGAAGAGACGAAGAAGAAGAACAACAUCAUCAAGAACAAGAACAACAACAAGAGCAGGAACAAAUAGUAAAACCUGAUACUCACCAAGAAUCAUCAGCUCCAAUUGUCACUAGAACAACAACAACUAUGACAUUGAAACAAUUUCUUGCACAAAAAAUUGGUGGCACUGAUGCUCAACCACCAAAAGAUUUAAUAUUAAGCUGUUGGAUACGUUUAUCAGUAAUUAAUGGUGAAGCUGAAUUUGAUACCCCCAGUGGAUUAUUAUUACGUCAACCAUUUGCUCGUCAAGCUCCAAUUGCACAAUCAUCACGUACAAAUCGAUUUAUAUAUGAUUCACGUUGGGAAACUGAUACAAAUCUAGCAAAACAGUUAACUGCAACACGUACUUUUACACCGGAUAUAAUGCCUACAACUGCAAGUCUUGCAUGGAUUGCUGCUGUUAUAUUGGGUGUAAUUAUCGUAAUAGUUGUCAUUGGAUUAAGUAUUUGGUUAUGUACACGAGAUCGAGGGGAAACAUACAUGGUUUAUGAUAAAGAACGUGCUCACGGGAAUGAUCCAAUACAGGAACUUAAAGAGAAAGAAACAUUUCAAACAUUUCAACGACAAGAGGAACCAAGGAUUGCUACAAGUCGUUAUUCUCUAAAUGAUGGUAGUGUACGCUUUGAAAGUGAAGACGAUGGAGAGCUGGAUGAUUAUGCAGGUGGUCGAGUGAAACAUCCAUUACUUUCGACUGUCGCUACUGCUACUCCUACCACCACCACCACUGGUAUUCCUACUAUCAAUACCACUAUCACCACCACUACUACGACUACACAGUCAACUCAAAAGUUGUGAUAUUAUUGUAUUCAUUAUCCCCAAGAUAAUUUUAACGAAGAAGCAUCUUUUCUUGGUCAAUAUUCUGGUAUUCGCUCUACAAUAAUGCCUAAAUCACCAUCAUCUAUUAUUAAUAAUAAUCCGACUACUACUCAUCAUCAUAAUCAUCAACCUACACCCAUGCUGAAUAAUGGUUCUUCUAUUAUUAAAGAGAUUUCUCCAGAAUUAUCAACUAUUGGUGGUAUACUCACUACUACAACAAAUAGUGACAGUUCUGAUCUACUCUUACGUACAACAAGUACUAUUCGAGAGAAUCAAACUGCUGUCUAAAUUAAGAAUAGUACUCUUUUAAAAAAAGUGUUGUAAUAUUAUUGUUAUCACUAUUAUAAUAAUAAUAAUCACUAUAAGUAUUGACAAGUUUUUGUGGGGUUACCACCGCCCCCCCCACCCUAAAUAUUAUAAUUCACCAUAAAAUAAUGCUUUUAAACCAAAAUUCCCUACGCUAAUCGAUUUUUUCAGCAUCCGUAUUAUAUUACAUAUUUAUAUACAUAUACUCUUAUACAUAUAUGUGCGUACAUCAUUUGUUAAUUAUAUUUAUACAGCUUUUUUGUUGUUAUAUCACAAAGAUAUACGCUGCGGUUUUUGUUUUAAUAAUAAGCCGAUGUAAGACCCCAUAUUAUUAUAUGUGUUGUAGGCUAUUAUUUUCUUCUUUGAUUUUCCCUAUAUUUGUGUUUUGUGCUGUUGUACAUUUUGUACCUUAAAAAAAAAUUAAAAUCCAAUUAUCCAUGCAUACCUUGACUCAUUCACAUUCCUUGCUGAUGUGCAUGUACUAUUUUGAGCAACGACAUUGACAAUUGAACAACGAAAUACUCUACUUCUAUAAUGUACAAUCGUAAUCAGAUUUCAACCAAUCAAAUCUUUCGUUUAAUUUUAUUGUUGUUGUUGUUGACCUUGUUCCUGAUUGGCUUGUCCAAUGGCCAAUCACAAAAUUCUGGUUCUUAUUUUAAAAAAAACGUUUGGUUUCUGCUGAUGAGAAUACUGCUUAUUGUAGUGCUUUUUGCUGCUUAAUUCAACUAUUCUCUUCGUCUGUCUACUCACUCACUCGACUCAUCAUAGAUGUGUACGUGCGUGCGUGGGUGUGUGAUGCGUUGUAUUCAUUCAUUUUCGUCUUUAUUUCCUUUCGAGUGUUGCGUUGUGUUGUGUUACGCAACCACGAGUUAUGCAGUUAACAAAAUGCGCUUUUUGGGCUGAACAAUAACACUGAAUCACUUAUGCCUUCCUAAUUGAUUCUGUUUUUGCUUUUCUGGUUUAUACUUCGUUUUCUCAAGCAUGAAACUCUUGUCUGUCAGUGUUGCUGUUUCAGUCAGCCUCUCCAUUUUCUGUGUAUGUGUGUGUGUGUUAAACUUUGUUAAAUUUAUAGUGUAAUUCUUUCUGCUUUCGUUUUUGUACGGAAAGAUCAAAUUUUCUUUUAUACUGUCAAUAUAUGAUUAUUACAAGUAACUAUUAUCAUUAGUAUUAUUAUUGAUAUUAGGUGUUGCUUUUUUGUUUAUUGUUGAAAAUUUCCCAUAUAUGUGUGUAUAAUAUCGUUAAACCAGGUAGAGA